UGCCUGCUGGAAGUCAAACUCUUUUCAAAGUGUUUAAAGUGUCGUACGAAAAGUCAAGAGACAGAUAUGCGAUAUCAAAAAGUGUUAAAAACCUGCCUAAAACGGAACGCCGGUUCUCGUGCAGACGCCAACGAUUCGAUGUCCUCGGACAGUGACAGUUCCGAAAGUGAUUCCAGUUCCGAAGAGAUUGUUUACGACAAGCAUGCGUUCUAUAGAAAUAGUGCUGGAUCCUCUAACAAUCAGUCCGCGAGUAACCAAAAGUCUAGGUCUGAUUAA